AAAGCGCUCGCAUAGAAUCUCAUAAAACCAGCCUAGACCCUACUCUUUGUUCUGGAUCUUACCCAUUCAUUCAUGUAACGGUUGAUUCGUAUCGGAAACUGAUGACCAACUUACGAUUCCAGCACGUUCUGUGUGAUUGUGUAGCAAUGACACAUCACCCAGCUCCACCCCCCGCUGCAAUUAUGGACUAUUCUGGCACUUUCCAGCGAAUUAUUGUAAUGAAUGUUUUUUAGUUUACAUCCCAACUUCCUGCUCUGGAAAACGUGCAAGAGAACAGAGAUCUUUGGAAGCCGUGUCAAGGUUUCAGCACGUGACAAGAGACUAAGGAUGUAAGUCGGAAGCACAUUUUCAAGCUAAAAUGACAAGCCCCUGCUGAAUCAAUGUGUCACGUGAUUGGAUCUGUACAAACUGAUUGGAUGACGACGUGUCACCAGAGGUCACUUCAAGAUGGAUUUUAUUCGGAAGUUCGACAUAGAAUUGGACAAAGAGAUCUACUAUGCAGGGGAGAUUUUGUCUGGAAAGAUCAUCGUCCAAAACACUGAAAAUAUCCGGGUUCAAGGCAUCCGGCUUCAUAUACGGGGUAAGGCCCACGCUGAAUGGAGGAUCACUAGAGCAGGGGAAAGGCGGCAUGUAAAACAAGAUGAGCACUACAUAGACGAGAGGAAGUCUAUCUGGGGAAAAGACAAAAACGAAGAAGGUCCAAUACCAAUUUUACCAAGAGGAAACCACAAGUAUCCCUUCGAGUUCAAACUACCGGAGAGUGCUCUGCCCUGCUCGUUCGAAAGCAAGAUCGGUACAAUUCGUUACUACAUCCGGGUCACCAUCGACAUUCCAUAUGCCUCCUGCCCGCAAGGAAUCAAGUACUUCACCGUGGUCGGACCUCACACCGACUGCAUGGACGAACGAUUUCUGACGCCUUCUCACGCCGAGUCGAAGAGAUACAACUGCAUACUGUGCUGUGGAAAGGGUCCUCUGUCUUUGAAGGGGACGCUAGAGAGGACUGCUUACUGUUGUGGAGAGAACGUCAAGCUAAAGGUGGAGAUCCAGAACGGCUGUGACGAGGAAGUGUGGCUGAUCUGUAGAAUGAUGCAGUACGUGGAAUAUUUCAUCAAUCGUGGUGUGCUGGGACUGUCCAAGGAGUUGAGACACACUGUUAUGCAGGUGGAGAGCCCCCAUAUAGAGCCUCACACCACCACAAGUCUGGAUGACCUCUGUCAUCAGCUACAGGUGCCCAUCAUGCCCCCGACAAUGGUGGACGUGUGCGGUCUGGUUCAGAUCUACUACACACUCAGGCUGUGUUUGCGGAUGGAGAAAUCUGGUGAUGCCUUAGAAGUAGAGAUGCCUGUCACCAUAGCAACUGUUCCAUUCCGCAUCCCUAGCAACCCCACACCAGAGAUACAAUAUGAUGUAGCGGCCGACUAUGUUGAAGGAGGCAUGUACAUCAGCUCGGAAUUCCAGCUUGGCCAGGUGUACAUGGGAGACGAUGAAGACUCGGACACAGACAAGGAGAUUCUCUACCGCCCCGUCUAUGUAUGUGUUCCCCACAAACGUCCAACGCCGAGACACAAGACCAGAACCUCGGACAUCAAGAGAAGCACUUCUCCCAACUCCACAGAUGCUCUGUUGCCCGAGGCUGCUGAAGCUUCCCAGGUCCUGACACCUGAUGAUAGCUCCGUUCGUGACAAUGAUGUUCAAGUGCAACUCGAUAAAGGUUCGGUCAGUAUCAAGAUUGUCAGGGAUACUGAAAAUACCACUCCCAAAGAUGAAGAUCUGAUGUCCAAGGAGGAACUUCCAACUGCUGCUAAGGAUGAAAGGAAAGAUUCGCACACAGAUGCCAUGCCGAUUCCAAUUGUAAAGGAGUAUUGUGUCCAACAAGUGGAGAGCUCGGAUGGUCUCAGAUCGAAGGAUGAUUCUCUUCCAAUCACGAAGGAAUCUGAUGCAGUUCUUAUUGACACUACUGUUCCAAACGACAAAUCGGAUAAGAAAGAGUCAGCAAAGAAAGGUCCUACAACCGUACCCGUCAUCACGAUGUCCUCUCCUCCAGUCACUGUGGACAGCACCAAUACAAGUAAAGUCAAACAAGACACAAGCACAAGUGUAUCGAACACAGAUGGUACUGUGUCGACAACUAAAUGUAAAACAACUUUCAGAGAGGUCCACGAAACGUCCUCAGCUUUGCUGGUAAAGACAGUUGAGACUGUGAAGGUAAAAAAUGUUGUCGUCAGCACCAACGAGUCUGAAGAACGCGAAUUCAAAAUAACUAAAAGCGAGCAUUCUCAUUCCGAUGUGAGCUCACAGCGAGCUCAAGCUGUUCCUUCAGCCGUUGAGGAAAAGACAGAACGUGUCUGAUACAACCAGAAGAUUAUCUUGAGUGAUGUGAUUUUUCCUGCAACCGUCUCAUCCAACAUUCCCCAAAAUCCGAUAAUGCUGUUUGGGAAAUAUUUUAUAUUGCAUGUAGCCAAUCCAAUUUCCAUCUCAAUAAUCAAAUCGGUAUGACCCCGAAGUGUCCCUUGUCAUACGUUGUGUGUGAAUUACCCAAUGCCCUUUCAGGACAUGUUAAGAGUUCUGAGAGACGUUGAGAUGACAGCAUGUGAACCUUACCAUGACCUUCUCAGUUAAAUGAUUCCAUACCUUGUUCUCAACAUUCCAUGUUGGAGGUGGGGAAAUGCGACUAACAGUUGACAGGGAAACAGUUUUAUACGACUCUGGAAACUACAACAUGGCUUAUGAUGUUGAUAUCUUGCCGAAAUACACAGCGUUCCAAGUGAAGAGGCGUGGGUGUGCUUCCUCCACUGAAGAAACGUCAUCACGUCAAAUACGAGUAUAGGCGUUGAAUUACGUCAAAUAUAGGCGUGGAUUUUCUCUGUGCUGGAGAGAAGUCCAAUCACUCCCAUUUUUGUAUUUUUGCAAACUGGUUUUGUAAUCCAACUGUAUAUGUCUUGAAGGAACCAUGUGCAAUGUUCAGACAGCGUCUGAUAAUAUAAUCCCCAAAAGAACCAAUGGCUAAAUCACGUCGUACCUACUAGCAUUCCACCAUUAUGCCUCCAUCUGGUGUUGUGUGCCGACAGUGCUUGCAUCUAUAUAAUGGGUCACAUCAAAUAAAUACUGCUUGGAUAAUAUAUUAAGGCGCUUGAAAAUCAAAGUAUUUCACUCCGAAAUGUGUAUUUGGUUAGGCAUACAAAGUAUUUCAUUGUUUCAGGUGCUAUGCCAUUAGCCUAUAUUGACGUAAAAGUAGUUAGGUUAGCAAUUAUUAUGUUUUAAACAGUAGUAUUAAUGAUUACGCCAUAGGAGUAAUUUCGCCUCAUCAUCUGUUACUAAACUUCCGGGGGAAAGGAUGUGUACAAUUGACAACAGGAUUUGACCAAAACAUUACCAAAAUACGAUCAAAACGUCUCUGGGCUGGAAACAGUCGUUGAAACACUAUUUACGGAAAGUCCUGGGCCCCGUUCCACAAAGCGACGGUAGCGCUGAGAUGAUCGUAACUCCCAUACUUUAAC